AUGGUGAGCAGUGUGUUGUGCCGCUGCGUGGCUUCCCCGCCGCUGGACGCCGCCGCCGCCUCGUCAUCAGCCUCGUCGCCGGCGUCCGUGGGGGACCCGUGCAGCGGCGCCAUCUGCGGGGGCCCGGACCACAGGCUGCGCCUGUGGAGCCUCUUCCAGACUCUCCACGUCAACCGGGACCGCGGCCUGUGUGUCAAUGAUCUGGCCGUGGGGCUCUGGCGUCUGGGACUGCACUGCACUGAGGGUGAGCUCAGGCCUUCCAGAAGGCCUCCUUCCCUAGAACAAGCUCACCAAGGGGAAGAUCAAACAGAAAACAACAUGUUGAGGCUCUUGACCAGGAAUUGGAAGGACCUCCUAUUCCCUGUGGUUCCAUUCUCCAUGAGAAGUGCCAGAAGUGGCACCAAGGAUAGGCUCAAACUAGCCAACAAAGUUGCUGUGAUCACAGGAUCCACUAACGGGAUCAGCUUUGCCAUUGCUCGGCGCCUGGCCCAGGAUGGGGCCCACGUGGUGGUCAGUAGCCAGAAGCAGGAGAACGUGGACCAGGCUGUGGCCAUGCUGCAGAGGGAGGGGCUGAGUGUGAUGGGUACAGUCUGCCAAGUGGGGAAAGAAGAGGACCAGGAGCGACUGGUGGCCAAGGAGGCCCUGGAGCACUGUGGGAGUGUGGAUUUCCUGGUGUGUGUGGCAGGGGUCAAUCCUUUGGUAGGAAGUACCUUGGAGAGCAGUGAACAAGUUUGGGACAAGAUUCUAGGUGUGAAUGUGAAGGCCCCAGCCCUGCUCCUGAGCCAGCUGCUGCCCCACUUGGAGAAGAGUGGGCAAGGUUCAGUGGUCCUGGUGCCGUCAGUUGCAGCCUAUAUUCCAAAUCUGGGGGUCUAUAACGUUAGUAAAACAGCCCUGCUGGGCCUCACUAAGACCCUUGCCGUGGCGCUGGCACCAAAGAACAUUCGAGUGAACUGCUCAGUACCAGGAAUGAUCAACACAAAAUUCAGCCAAGUGGUAAGGAUGAAGGGCAGCUCCCGCUCCUACCCAACUGAGCACUGGGCUACCUUCUCCUUCCAAGCCAUGCUCCACAGAGACCUGGACCUGAGGUCUGAUGCUCUGAUGCUCUGA